AUGUCUCGCUUGCCCCCUGCCGAAAAGCUCCCUCUCGCAGUGCGGAAGAAUAGUAUGUACUCAUAUCCCAAAUCAACACUCACAGUUACUGACCACCUCCGAGUCCGCGAUGAAUGGGAGAACAAAAAAGAAGACCUCCAGAAGCAGCUCUCUGACGUCCUGGGCGCCGAGUGGUCGCUCAAGGACAUCAAUUACAACGCCCUCUACCCCUACGCACAAGACGGCUGGGCCAGAGAGUGCCUAGGAAGCUGCAUCGAACAAUACGUAUCCGGGGCAAUCUACAAUCUCAAGUCGUUCGCUGAAAGGUACGGCGAAGACGGCAAAUCCGAGCUCAACUCCAUCUGCCACGCCCGCUCCCUCAUCAUCGACCUCGACGACCGCCCCAAGGGCGAGCGCGUCUCCUACUCCGGCGUCAUCGUCAAGGAAGGCGGCGUGCUGGCGAUCGUCUUCUCCGAGGGGAAUCUGGGCACCAACGUUGGCUCCGCCAUCGAGACGCAGGGUCUCCUGAGCGCCUUGAAUGCCGCGUCUCCCGCCCCGGGGUCCGCCGCGGCGAUGAGUUUCGCGGCCCGCAAUGCCGUGAGGCAGGACUAUGAUCCGCAGAUUGAGGAGACCAGGAAGUCGUUGGCGGAUAUGCUCGAGAGGCCUGAUAUUGCGCUAUGUCCCAACUUUGAGACGAACUUUGAAAAGAUGAAGGCCGCGGCGGCGACGAAGGGGAGCGAGGUGAGGAGUGACUGGGAGGCGAACUUUGGUCUGUUUACGAGGAUGUACUUUGAGGGGCUUAGGUCUCAGAUGAGGUAUCAAAAGUUUGAUGAUGAUGAUAUGUUGAGGGAGGGGUUUAAUGAGGCUGCUGAGAAGGGGCAGAUUCACUUCCGGAUUGUGGACAAGAUGGCGUAUGCGACAUAUGGGGAGGUUGUGUUGGAGGAUGGGCUUAUUUGUCUUCAGGUAUGUCUCGUCGACUUCACGGUUGAGAUCCUUGCUAACCAGUUUUACCAGACCCAAGCGCAUAACUUUGGGACGAAUGUCGAUUACGCGGCAGAGAAGCUCUUGGACCAGCUCUAG